CUACAAAAGAAUUUUCAACCUUUCCUCCUUUGAAACAAACCCAGCCCCCAGCCCCUAAAGAAAUCCACAAAUUCUGCCCCAACCUAUACAAAACGACAGCCUUCUGCGCCAUUUCUAUUCACCUCCAAAAAGACCAUCAUGCUAUCAUUCCUUCACUCUCUUUCCCCUCCAUCUCCUCUUCAUGCCCCUUCACUCUCUCCAUCCCUCAAGAAUCAUACCCGUUGACUUCUUACCGUUAAAGUCUUGAAAUUUACAGGAAUUUAAGAAAAGAGUACUACUUUUUUGAGAGAAAAAUGGAGCAAGCAGUUCUUGAUGAUAUAAUCAAGAGGUUAUUAGAGGUCAGAGGCAAACCCGGGAAGCAGGUUCAGUUAUCAGAGUCUGAGAUCCGACAACUUUGUGUGGUCUCUAGAGAGAUUUUCUUGCAACAGCCUAAUUUGCUGGAGCUUGAAGCAUCCAUCAAGAUUUGUGGUGAUAUCCAUGGUCAAUAUUCUGAUCUUCUAAGGCUAUUUGAAUAUGGUGGUUUCCCUCCAGAAGCAAACUACCUAUUUUUGGGGGACUAUGUGGAUCGAGGCAAGCAAAGCCUGGAGACAAUAUGUCUUCUCCUUGCUUAUAAGAUAAAAUAUCCAGAAAACUUUUUCCUCUUGAGGGGAAACCAUGAAUGUGCUUCAAUAAACCGCAUAUAUGGUUUUUAUGAUGAGUGUAAGAGAAGGUUUAAUGUUAGGCUAUGGAAGACGUUCACAGAUUGUUUUAAUUGCCUACCAGUGGCUGCGCUAAUUGAUGAGAAGAUUCUCUGCAUGCAUGGGGGUUUGUCUCCAGAACUAAAUCAUUUGGAUCAGAUUCAAAACUUACAGCGCCCGACUGAUGUCCCGGACACGGGCUUGCUUUGUGAUCUUCUCUGGUCAGAUCCGAGUAAAGAUGUUCAAGGUUGGGGGGUGAAUGACAGGGGAGUUUCAUAUACAUUUGGUCCUGACAAGGUGACAGAGUUUCUUCUGAAGCAGGAUUUGGAUCUUAUUUGCCGUGCCCACCAGGUCGUGGAGGAUGGAUAUGAGUUCUUUGCCAACCGACAACUUGUAACUAUAUUUUCAGCGCCUAAUUACUGUGGGGAGUUUGAUAAUGCUGGUGCUAUGAUGAGCGUGGAUGAGACCUUGAUGUGUUCUUUUCAAAUAUUAAAGCCUGCUGAUAAGAAAAAGGCUGGAAACACUUCAACUGGAGCUGGUCUUUUUGGGAGCACAACUACAGCUAAGCCUGGAAACCCUCCACCAGGAGUCAAGUCCUUCCUUGGCACUAGAGUAUGACUAUUGGAUUUCCACUUAGAGAUCAAGCUUAGUUGGAUCAUGAACAUGCUGAGAUUGCUGUGACAGGAAUUCAAGGUCCAUUUAAUUUCAUAAUUAUAUGCUGAAAUUGUAUAAAUUGGGGGGGGGGGGGGGGUUUGGGGGGGGAUUUAGAUGCAACAGAUUGUUUUCCUUAUAUAAAGUUGGAAGGUAGAAGGCAGAGGUUUCCUUCUCUUCUUGGUUGUACACUUAUAGCUGCUAGAAUUGCUGCUAUGAAUUAUUUCCAUGUUGCUCUUAUUGUUCCGCCCAUCUGUGAGACUCCGAACCAUGUUGAAAGUUCGAAACAAUAUACUCGUGAUUCUGGGCAAGCAUCAUGAACUUGGUUUUAA